AUGAAUGCAAGGGUAUUUAAUUUAAUUACUUUUAUAAAAAAUGAGGUUUAUAUAUAUGAAAGCUUUUAUUUUCUUUGUUUAUUAAUAAAUAUACCUAUAUAUAUAUUUAUUGGUAUAUUUUGCAAAAGGAAUAUAUAAUCCUUAAAUAUUCCACUUUAAAUUUUAUUUUAAAAAUAAAUAAAAUAAAUACUCCUUAAUAAGUUCAAUAAACUUUCAUUUAAUUUUUCUGCAAACUGGAAAAUUAUUUCUAAAUCUAAUUAAAUUGAGAAUUUCUAGAAAAUUUGGCGGACAGAUACUAUUAUCAAGAAAUUAUAAAAAACUAAAAAAAAACAAAAUAAAAUUCACCAAUAAAAAAUAACAUAUAAAUAAGACAAACAUAUUUAUAUUGGUUUUUGUAAUUAAAAUAGGAUAUUAAAGUUAGAGGAUAUAUUAAAAAUAUAUAUAUAACAAAUUUAAUAAGAGAUAUUAUAAAGCCUAAUUGUAAUUUUUAUAAAUCGUUAUUUUGAAAGCUUUAUUGCGAAUAAAAAUAAAAUUUAGGGUGAAAAUACUUUAAGAAUAUUUUAUUUUAUUAAAGAAAAAUUUAUAAUUAAAAAAAAAAUAUUUUUUAAACUUAAAGUAAUUGAAAUUAAAUAAUAAAAUAUUUAAAAAAAAAACUCUGAAAAAUUAAUUCACAUUAGUUUAGUUAAAAUAUACAAUCUAUGA